GGACGUUGCAGAAUACGUAAACUUGAAUGAAAUGUAUUUAUUGGGAAAAAGCGAAUACUGUGAGGGAGUGAAGCCACCAGCACUGCCCCUUCAUAGACCACCGAAUCAGUGGGAAGCCAAAUUGUAUCAAAUCGCUGAACGUUGCCUAAGUUCUGUUUUAAACGAGGAUGAAGUUGCUCAAUGUAGUGGGACGCUUAACAAAAUUCACUUAAAUGAUACGACAAACGGGUUUUGUUCUUCACUUUCUAAAAGGUCAGGUCAAAAUUCACGAGUUUCUAAACGAUCGGAGAACUGUGAAUUCUUUGGAAAUGCAGACUACGCUGUUCCGCUAGAUGCCGUGCACGACAUUCGGACCACUAUGGUAAAUUCUGGUGAUUUGGUUGAGAAAAGUGGUUAUUUGAUUCAAAUGACUGAUAGUAGGCUAAAAUCGUUGAAGAGACGAUAUUUUGUUCUCAGGGAUGGGUACUUGGCACUAUAUAGGGCUCAGAAAAACUAUCUCAAAGGUGACGAACCACUAGUAAAAAUAGCUAUGUCAGAUAUAAGGUCAGUGACGAAGGUGACGAACAAAUUUGGAAGUGGACUGCAGAUAGUCACAAUUAACGCUGAAUACUGUUACUGCGGUGAAUCAGAAAAGAUAACGGAAGAGUGGCUUUCCGCAUUAAACCGAAACGUACGCUCGACAGUAAUUUCAGAAGUUAGUCAGAGAGCGCUUUCACUGAAUGCUCAAACCAGCGGUUAUAUUGUAAAGGCCAAAUGUGGUAGCUCAAAACGGUUUUUUGCUUCUGUUAUCGACGACAAACUUUUCUUUUUCAAAAACCCGGAAGACAGAGUUCCUUACUCUCAACUGUUUCUAAAAGGUGCUGUUAUUUCCGAGAAAGCAAAAAAUUCGAGCGAUGAGUAUAGCGGAAGCUCUGAUGAGCAGUCAGAUCAUCAGGAUUCUCGAGGACUUGAUUAUACAAUAUCUAUUGAGAUGGCAGGAUCUGAUCCUGUCUAUAUGGUUGUAAGAAGUGCUGAAGAAAAGGAGCGAUGGAUCUAUUUUUUGAAAAAGGCAGCUGGAGACUCGAACUUUAACGGAACUGAAUUUGAAAUAUUUUUACAAAAGAUGAUGUCUCAAAACACUUCAGACAUGAACUCAAUGUGGAAUGAUCCCUUGUUAACAGUGUGCGAAGAAAAGCCGAAAACGCCGCUAACGUCAAUCAGUGACGAAGUAACAAGAAAAAAAGCGUUGGAAUUAGGAAGGGCGUGUUACAUGUUUGCUUCGGUCCUUAUGAAACCCGCAGGUAUCCAGUAUCAUGUUGACCUGGCCCAAAAUAUUCUUUGUACAGCCAUGCAGAAUGACUAUCUGAAAAAUGAGCUUUACAGCCAUCUCAUCAAACUAACUUCUGGUACGAUGCCUUAUUGUUUACAGGCUUGGAAACUUUUGGCACUGGCUUUGCCACUUUAUUCACCUCAUCUUUAUUCGCUCUUGUGGAUGCUCAGACGGCACAUUGAACGAUGGUCCCUCAUGAAGAAUAAUGAAGGGAACCUGGCGCGUUUCUGUGAAAAAGCACUAACUCGCAGUCUGUUAGUAGGCAGCCGAAUUGAAGGACCAAGUAAGCUGGAAACUUUAUCGAUACUGGCACGCGACCCAACAUCUACCACUAUGCCACACAGUAUUCCUGUGUUAUUGCCAAACGGCGAGUACCAUAUCAUCGAUUUUGAUGGCUCUACAGAUAUUGGUGACUGUCUUUCUGCUCUCUGUGUACGUUGUGGGUUGAGGCCAGCACUACUAAGUGGUUACGCACUUUAUGCUGAGGAUGCUAGGCCGAUUUAUUCUGCUAAAAGGAAAGCAGAAGGCAUGGUUGCACUCUGCGACUGCCUUUCACGUUGGGAACGGGAACUAAUUGACACAAAAUGCGGGAGGGUUACUGAAGAAAGCGCUCGAAUUCGUCUCGCCCUAAGGCAGAGACAUUAUUGGAGUCAUUUGGCAGCUAUGGAAACAGCUACGGAACGCCUGUUUUCCGUAUAUCGGAUGGCAAACGAAAUUGUUGCGGGUAGAGUGCCAAUGAGCAAUGAACUCGCUGAAGAGUUGGCUGCUCUGUAUGCACAGAUGAGGUUCGGCAAUAUUAGUGAAGCGAUGUCGGAAGAACAGUUCAAAACAAUAUCAACAAGUUAUUUCCCUGCAAAAAUGCUUGAUGUUACCUGCGAGCGAACUCUAAGGCUCAACAUAGCAUUUCACUGGACGCAACUGAGAGAUACUAGUCCCGCAGAGUGUAUUCGGAUGAUACUUGUCGUCUUGCGGAAAUGGCGAUUGUUUGGUUCUUACAUAUGUGAGGCAAAAAUGAAGAUGCGAAGCGACGAAAAAAUCUUUAUUGCUCUUAACGAUCAAGGAGUUCAUCUACUCACACAUAAACAGCUAGAUAUCCUAAGAAGUUUUCCAUACCGCAGGCUUGUCUCAUUUGGAGGAUAUCGUAACGAUUUUAUGAUAACUGUAGAAAGAACUUUACCUGUUGGAGCACAUCCCGAAGAAACUGCCAGAGAACGCCUUACUUUUUCUAUGCCACCAAGAGUUAUUGAUCAACUGACGGGCCAUUUAGCUGAAUACAUACGGUGUCAGAAGUUGGUCUGGAAAUUAUCUACGCAAAAACUGUGAUC